AUGGUCCUCGACCGGCUUCAGCAGCUGACCUUGCAGGUCAGCGCUUCGUCUCCUCCCCCUCACCCUUUUGAUCCCCUCUCAACGGUUGAAAUCGACACCGCUGUCGCUCUUGUGCGCGAAGCACAUGGCAAGGUCAACUUCAAUGCCGUCACUCUCUGGGAGCCUCGCAAGGCGGAGAUGAUGGCUGCUGCUGACGUUGUUGCAAUUGCGCCUGGCGGUAAGAUCUACGAUGGAAUUGUCGACUUGGACCAGAAGAAAGUCAUUGAGUGGAGGCAUACCCCCGGUGUGCAGCCCUUGAUUACCAUGGAGGACUUGCAAGAAGUCGAACACAUUGUCCGCCAGGACCCGAAGGUUAUUGAACAGUGCGCCAUUAUCGGCAUCCCGAAGGAGGACAUGCACAAGGUGUACUGUGACCCCUGGACAAUUGGUUACGAUGAGCGCUUCGGUACCGGUGUUCGCCUCCAGCAAGCCCUCAUGUACUACAGACCUCACAUGGACGAUUCUCAGUACACAUAUCCUUUGGACUUCUGUCCCAUCUUCAAUGCCGAGACUAAGCAGGUUAUUCACAUUGAUGUCCCACCGGUACGCCGGCCACUCAGCAAAGCACCCCCCAACAACUACCACCCUGCAGCGAUCGAACAGGAAGGCGGAUUUAGGACCGAUCUGAAGCCCAUUCACAUCACCCAGCCCGAGGGUGUGUCGUUCACAGUCAAGGGACGGCACAUCGAGUGGCAGAACUGGAACAUCCACGUCGGCUUCAACUACCGUGAAGGCAUUGUACUCAACAACAUCACUUUCAACGACAAGGGUAAUGUCCGCCCUAUCUUCUACCGUCUGUCACUCGGAGAGAUGGUCGUGCCGUACGGAAACCCAGAGCACCCGCAUCAGCGCAAGCACGCCUUCGACCUCGGCGAAUAUGGUGGUGGAUACAUGACGAACAGCCUGUCCCUUGGAUGUGACUGCAAGGGAGCGAUUCACUAUAUGGAUGCCGCGUUCGUCAACCGCGCUGGAGCUAGCACCAUCGUGAAGAAUGCUAUCUGCAUUCACGAGGAAGAUGCAGGUAUUCUCUUCAAGCACACCGACUUCCGCGAUGAAUCGGUCAUCGUCACCCGUGGUCGCAAAUUGAUCAUUUCCCACAUUUUCACCGCUGCCAACUACGAAUACUGUGUGUACUGGAUCUUCCACCAGGAUGGUACCGUGCAGCUGGACAUCAAAUUGACUGGUAUUCUCAACACCUAUGCAAUGAACCCCGGCGAGGACACCAAGGGCUGGGGUACUGAGGUCUAUCCUGGUGUGAAUGCGCACAACCACCAACAUUUGUUCUGCUUGCGUGUCGACGCCAACAUCGAUGGACCGAACAAUACGGUCUUCCAAGUCGACGCUGUCCGUGGCGAGGGUGAAGUUGGAAGCGCCGAGAAUAAGUACGGUAACGCUUUCUAUGCCAAGAAGACCAAGUUCACCACUCCCCUUGAGGCGAUGUCCGAUUACGAUGGCUUUACUGGACGGACUUGGGAAAUUGCCAACACGAACAAAUUGAACGCUUACAGCAAGAAGCCCGUCUGCUAUAAGCUGGUCAGCCGCGAGGUUCCCCCAUUGCUCCCCAAGCCGGGCUCACUGGUCUGGAAGCGAGCUGGCUUCGCUAGACAUGCCGUUCAUGUUACCAAAUAUUCUGAUGACCAGAUUCACCCUGCUGGUCGCCACGUUCCUCAGACCUCCGGAGAACCGUCUCAGGGCUUGCCUGCCUGGAUCGAGGAAGCUGGUGCAAAUAGCUCUAUUGAUAACACGGAUGUUGUUCUGUGGCACACCUUCGGACUCACACACUUCCCGGCUCCUGAGGAUUACCCCAUCAUGCCGGCAGAGCCUAUGACCUUGCUUCUCCGCCCUCGUCACUUCUUUACUCGCAAUCCUGUACUGGAUGUGCCUCCUAGCUAUGCUAGAACGCCUUCUCAGAUUGCAGCUGGUGCUUCUUCUUGCUCGUGCAAGAAGAGCGAUGGCUCUAGUACUUUGGUUUAA